UAUCAGUUGGCAGCCGUGCUCUUCGUAAGUUCGUAUUUCGUACGUCGGACGAAAUCGACGAGCUGUGUUGCUCAACUUAAUGUAAGAUUUGUCAUCUACGAGGAAUUCAUAUUAAAUACACUUAAUUUUCUAUAAAGACUACAUUAUUUCUUUAUUGACUGUAUCGUGUGUUUAUUAGAAUAAACGUAAACAGUGUUUACAAAAGUGUUUUGUGAAAAAUUGUGUUAAAAGUUUAGUGUGAACUUUAGUUUGUAAAAGAUGAAUAUUAUAUCAAGAACACCGAAAACAACGCCUAUAACGGAUGACUAUGAUAUCUCUAACACCGUCCUCGGCCUUGGCAUUAACGGAAAAGUAGUAGAAUGCAAGGAAAAGAGAACAGGCAUGAGGCGAGCGUUGAAGGUGUUGCACGACAGUUCAAAAGCAAGACGUGAGGUGGAACUUCACUGGCGGGCCAGUGGCUGUGUUCAUAUAGUCGAGAUAAUUGACGUCUACGACAACACGUACGGUGGCAAACGAUGCUUGCUAGUAGUAAUGGAGUGCAUGGAUGGAGGGGAGCUCUUCCAGAGGAUCCAGGAUAACAGGGAGGGCGCUUUCACCGAGAGACAGGCGGCUGAGAUAAUGCAUUCAAUAUGCGUAGCAGUACGUCACCUCCACGAUUCAAACAUCGCUCACAGGGAUAUAAAGCCUGAGAACCUUCUGUACACUAGUAUGGAACCGAACGCCAUUUUGAAAUUGACAGACUUCGGUUUUGCAAAAGAAACUCUGACUCCAGCUGACACAUUACAAACGCCGUGCUAUACACCGUACUACGUUGCUCCUGAGGUUCUAGGACCAGAGAAAUAUGACAAAUCCUGUGAUAUCUGGUCAUUAGGUGUUGUCAUGUACAUUCUACUGUGUGGGUUCCCGCCGUUUUAUUCCAAUCACGGUCUUGCCAUUUCGCCUGGGAUGAAAAAGCGUAUUCGACUAGGUCAAUAUGACUUUCCAGAACCAGAAUGGUCUAACGUUUCAACCGAAGCAAAGAACCUAAUCCGUGGAAUGCUUUCCGUUGACCCAGCCAAACGUCUCACUAUACACCAGGUGAUGGCCAGCCCGUGGGUGCGGCAGUACGCGCAGGUGCCGCAGACGCCGCUGUACACCCACACGCUGCUGCGGGACGCGGGCGAGGCGUGGGCCGACGUGCAGGACGAGAUGACGCGCUCGCUCGCCACCAUGCGCGUGGACUACGACCAGGUACAAAUCAAGACACUCGAACAAAGCAACAACUCGCUACUAAACAAGAGACGAAACAAAGUAGGUGCCUGAGAUACGGAGUAGUACUUAUGAAUAAUAUCACAAAUUCUGACCAGAAAAAUAUCAGUAUCGAUUUAAUAUAUACAAAAUUAAAACAAAUUUAAUAUUGUAGUUUCAAAACACUUAAAAUUUUC